AUGCAUGAUGUUCUUCCAACGGAUUAUUUUCGAUCCACGAAUAAAAAAGGCAAAUAUUUGAAACAGAUAAUUCGUAACAGACUCAUUCAAGUAUUAUUAGAUUUUGUAAAAUCUGACAUGAAAACUAUUCUUUAUGAAUUCAAAAAAAUAAAAAUGGACACUGUAGAAGACGAAGAUUUAACUGAUAACGAUGACGAAGAUGAGGUGAUUACAUACUGUAAGAAAAACUGGUAUCGUAUGGAAGAAGAACAUGAGCUUGAAGAGCAUUUUUGGCAGGAUUUUGCUAGAAAAAGGGUUGAAAUAGAUGUAUUCUACAUCGUUCGACAGAGAAUGAUUCGAGCAGUACAGUGGGACUGUGAGCAAGUGCGUCAAGCCGAAAAACCGCAGAAAACCCCGUCGAAUCGUGUUUUUGUUGCAAGAACUGUACGAAAAAUGGGUCUUUUGACGUUUUGA